AUGCUUCGUAUAUGUAAUAAUUUAUUACGACGACAAACAUCACAAAUAUUAAUUGCAACAAGAUUAACAAGUACAGAUCCAACAGCUGGUUCUAUAAAUGCUCAUCAUGAUAAAUUUGCUGAACGUGAACAAGCAUUAGAAAAUUCAUAUUUUCGAAAAUUAAACGAUGAACUUUUGGGACAAUUACGUGAUCGACAUACUGAUUUAGAAAAACAUGCGGAUAAUAUUGAACAAGAACAAAAACGAAUUGAAGAACAAAUUAAAAAAUUAGAAAAGAAACGAGAUGAAUUAUCUAAACGAUCACAACAAUCAACAAAAAAUUAA